AUGAACCCACCAACAUCACAAAACCAGCAAUCAUCUUCGCGCACAAUUACAAUACCACGGGUGGAGAUACCGACGCUUCACCUGGUGAGUUCCGGGGAGCCGAAAACCAGAAAACCGAGAAGAAAAGUGAAGUGGGAUAAGAAGGUGAUCGAUAACGAGCACUUGAAUAAGAAAAAGACAAAGAUAUGCUGCAUUUUUCAUCCACAGAACGACAGUGAUUACGAGUGUGACAGCAGCGAUGAUUCCGACUCUUCGUCUUCGUCAUCUUCGUCAUCAUCAUCUUCAGACUUGGAUUCUGGCGAUGCUGGAGCCGGAAAUGGAAUCAAGAGCAAUCCUGAGCGCUCUGUGCCGAAUGCAUACGAGGUUCAGCCAAGGUACAGGAAGAAGAGGCCUGAGGGAGGCAGGGGGCAGAAAUAG